GAGAUUCCUUUGUGCAUCCGGAGUAGUCGUCCAUUUUGAUUCUGCUGAUGGGAUAGUCGGUUUUUGCAAAAAUUGCGAUCAUAAGUUGAGAACCGGGGUCUCACAAUGGCGGACGUUAAAAACUUCCUUUAUGCUUGGUGUGGGAAGCGCAAAGUUACUCCCAACUAUGAUGUUCGAGCCACAGGAAACAAAAACAGACAGAAGUUCACGUGUGAGGUUCGGGUAGAAGGGUUCAAUUACACAGCUAUGGGGAACUCAACUAACAAGAAGGAUGCUCAAGCCAAUGCUGCUAGAGAUUAUCUCAAUUACCUUGUCCGUAUUGGGGAGGUAAAAGCUAGUGAAGUUCCAGCCUUGGGGGCGAGUAUGCCUGGUGCAGAUGUUUCCGUUGAUUCUGGUGGAGGAGGUGGCUUUGGCACCCUUCCUCCAAAUGCACCGCUUCCACCUCACUUGGCAGUCAAGAAUGAACUAGAUGUUGAACCUGGACCUAGUUCUGGGCCAGUCCCUGGAGUGACUGGUUUGGGUUAUUCAAACUUCAGUGGGGCACAGUGGGAACGUGGAGCCAAUUUGAACGACUAUUAUUCAAAGAGAGAGGAACAGGAAGCACAAGCUACUCUUGAAUCAGAAGAAGUAGAUUUGAACGCUGGUCUACAUGGUAACUGGACCCUAGAGAAUGCCAAGGCCCGUCUGAACCAGUUUUUUCAAAAGGAGAAGAAUCAAGCAGAUUACAAAUACAGCCAAGUUGGACCCGACCACAACAGGAGUUUUAUUGCAGAAAUGAGUGUUUUUGUAAGGCAACUGGGUCGAAAAAUUGUUGCUCGUGAGCAUGGCUCUAACAAGAAGCUAGCUGCCCAGUCCUGUGCACUCUCUCUUGUUAGACAGUUUUACCACUUGGGAGUAAUUGAAGCCUAUUCUGGGCUAACGAAGAAAAAGGAAGGAGAGACAAUGGAAGUCUAUGAAGUAAACAUUGCUAAUGAUUUGGAACGGCAGCUGGAAACAGUCGUGCAGGAGCUAGGAUUUCAGAUUCCACCACCGGAUCCAAGCUGUCCAGUUUCUCUUACCCAGGGGAAAAUUGCCCAUUUUGAGCCCUCCCAGCGGCAGAGCAUGGCUGGUGUUGUGCCAUGGUCCCCUCCACAGGUGAACUGGCACCCGUGGACAAGCAGCAACAUCGAUGAAGGACCACUUGCAUUUUGUACCCCAGAACAAAUCAACAGAGAUCUCCAAAAUGAACUGAUGUAUCAAAUGGAGCAGGAUAAAAAUCUGCAACAGAUUAUGUCAGAGCGUGAACAGUUACCUGUAAAAAAGUUUGAACAGGAGAUUAUGCAAACGAUCCACAACAACCAGGUUGUCAUCAUCAGAGGUGCAACAGGCUGUGGUAAAACCACCCAGGUUCCCCAGUAUAUCUUGGACGAGUUUAUCAAAAACGGAAAAGCUUCAGAUUGUAACAUUGUUGUAACCCAGCCUCGACGAAUAAGUGCUGUAUCUGUUGCUGAACGUGUUGCCUACGAGCGCUGUGAAGAGGUUGGAAAGAGCUGUGGUUAUAGUGUGCGCUUUGAGUCCGUACUCCCCAGACCACAUGCCAGCAUGCUCUUCUGUACAGUCGGUGUCCUUCUCAGGAAAUUGGAAUCUGGUAUUCGUGGAAUUAGUCAUGUGAUUGUAGAUGAAAUCCACGAGAGAGAUAUUAAUACCGAUUUCCUUAUGGUUGUGCUGAGGGAUGUUGUACAGGCUUUCCCAGAGAUCAGGAUCAUUCUCAUGUCUGCUACCAUUGACACCACCAUGUUUAGGGAGUACUACUUCAACUGCCCUGUAAUAGAGGUUUUUGGACGCACAUUCCCAGUUCAAGAAUACUUCCUUGAGGACUCUAUCCAGAUGACCCAAUUUGUUCCCCCGCCAUCGGAUAGAAAGAAAAAGGACAAGGAUGAAGACGGUGGAGAGGAAGAGACAAACUGUAAUAUCAUAUGUGGUCCUGAAUAUGGACCCGAGACCAAACGUUCCAUGGCUCAGAUAAAUGAAAAGGAAACACCCUUUGAACUAAUUGAGGCCCUGCUAAAGUACAUAGAAACACUGAAAGUUCCUGGAGCAGUGCUGGUGUUCUUGCCAGGCUGGAAUCUCAUAUAUUCCAUGCAGAGGCACCUUGAGAUGAGUCCACACUUUGGGAAUCAGCGCUAUAUUAUUUUGCCCCUACACUCCCAGAUUCCAAGAGAGGAACAGCGUAGAGUGUUUGAUCCUGUGCCUGAUGGAGUUAUCAAGGUCAUUUUGUCUACAAAUAUUGCAGAAACUAGUAUUACCAUCAACGAUGUUGUCUAUGUCAUUGACUCUUGCAAGCAAAAAGUGAAACUGUUUACAUCCCAUAACAACAUGACAAACUAUGCAACAGUCUGGGCAUCCAAAACUAACCUUGAACAGCGCAAAGGCCGAGCUGGUCGAGUCCGGCCAGGAUUCUGUUUCCAUCUCUGUAGCAGAGCUCGUUUUGAGAGGCUUGAAACUCACAUGACACCUGAGAUUUUCCGUACACCCCUGCAUGAGGUGGCUUUGAGCAUCAAGCUUCUGAGGCUUGGAGGCAUUGGACAUUUUUUGUCAAAAGCCAUUGAGCCUCCUCCUUUGGAUGCAGUUAUUGAGGCAGAGCAUACUUUAAGAGAACUUGAUGCCUUGGAUUCCAAUGAUGAGUUGACUCCUCUGGGGAGAAUUCUCGCAAAGCUGCCUAUUGAACCUCGCCUAGGAAAGAUGAUGAUCAUGGGCUGCAUUUUCAAUGUUGGUGAUGCAGUGUGCACUAUAGCAGCUGCCACCUGCUUUCCUGAACCCUUCAUCAAUGAAGGUAAACGACUGGGCUUUGUCCAUAGAAACUUUGCAGGAACAAGAUUCUCGGACCAUGUGGCGCUCCUUUCUGUAUUCCAAGCAUGGGAUGAUGCCAGGAUGGGCGGUGAAGAUGCAGAAGUUCGUUUUUGUGAACACAAGAGGCUAAAUAUGUCAACCUUGAGAAUGACGUGGGAGGCAAAAGUACAGCUGAAAGAUAUCCUAAUUAAUUCUGGAUUUCCUGAAGAGUGCUUGAUGACACAGAUGUUCAACAACGUAGGACCAGACAACAAUCUGGAUGUGGUGAUCUCCCUGCUAGCAUUUGGAGCUUAUCCCAAUGUUUGUUACCACAAAGAAAAAAGGAAAAUCCUCACUACAGAGGGUCGCAAUGCUUUAAUCCACAAGUCCUCUGUCAACUGUCCAUUCAGUAGUCAGGACUUGAAGUACCCAUCACCUUUCUUUGUGUUUGGUGAAAAGAUUAGAACUCGGGCCAUCUCUGCAAAAGGAAUGACAUUGGUUAGUGCUCUUCAGCUCCUCCUGUUUGCUUCAAAGAAAGUUACAUCAGAUGGUGAAAUUAUUGUACUUGAUGAAUGGAUAAAAUUAAAGAUGUCUCACAAUGUAGCAGCUUGUACAACUGCAUUAAGAGCAGGAAUGGAGGCCGUUGUUGUCGAAGUCAGCAAAGACCCUGAAUAUAUUCGGCAAAUGGAUCCUAUAAAUCAGCGCAUGCUAAACGUUAUCCGUCAGAUUUCAAAGCCUUCCGCAGCAGGACUUAACCUAAUGGUUAACAACUCGAGAUUUGGCGACGGUCCACGGCCCCCUAAGAUGCCAAGGUUUGAUGGUGGCGGUGGAUACAGAGGACGGGGUGGUUACCAAGGCAGCGGGGGCUAUGGAGGAGGAAGGGGAGGCGGGGGCUAUGGAGGAGGAAGGGGAGGCGGGGGCUAUGGAGGAGGAAGGGGAGGCGGGGGCUAUGGAGGAAGAGGAGGUGGGGGCUAUGGAGGGGGUGGAGGAUAUGGAGGUGGUGGCUACAGGGGAUCAGGCUAUGGUGGCUAUAGGGGAGGUGGAGGAGGAGGAGGAGGAGGAUAUAGGGGUGGGUAUGGAGGUGGUUUUUAGCCCAGUGGCCAUGUUGGGAGUGUAUGUAUUCAAACCCACUCUGGAAUAUGUCCAUAGAAAUGUAAAUUUGUACUUGGCACAAUAACUGCAAUAGAUAUUUAGUCGCAGGUGUUAGUUGGAAAUCUGCAUUUGUAAUGCAGUAUGUGGUGUGUUUGUUUAAUUUUUUAUUGUCUGAACAAAAAAAGCACAACUUUUAUUGUGCUUUUAAGGUAAACAUUAUCAUUAGUUUUCUAAUGUCUGCACAAAGUAUGUUCAAGUGCAUCUUUCCGCUAAAACUGCUUUGCUUUAUGUCUUGUGUUUGGGCUUGUCCAAAAUUAUCAUAAAUGUAUAGGAAACGUACAUAGUAUGCUCAUUUUAAGCCUGGAGUGGAAUGGCUCUCCAGACCCAUGGCUGGACACCCCUGCGUUAGAGGAUCCUUUUUCUCAACCAAAAGUAAAUUAUCAUUUACUGUGACAAAAAUGACAUCUCUGGUGAAUCUACAGCUCUUUUGCAGAAAGGUGUGAAUAUAUCAAGCUAUAUAAAAUGUCAGUAUUUAUAAAAAAAAAAUAAUAAUAAUAAAACAAAUGUAUGUAUGUAAUGUAUGUAUUUUUUUUUUUAAUCAAAGUGUACACUACCUCUCGAACCCCCAUCUCCCAACACAUGCUUUGUACUCUUUCAAAAU